AUGAGCAAGUACCUGAAGAUGUACGCGCAGUGGUAUGCGGAAGAAGAAGAGAACAAAUUUGUAGGAUUGGAUCUCGAGUACACUCGGGAGGACCCCAACCACGAAGUAGACAACUACCUCGCCGUCGCUCAGCUGUGCAUGAGGAACCACGUCCUCGUCUACCACUUUUCCUGGACCAACGGGGAAUGUCCGGCGCUGCGCUCAUUCCUUCAAAAUCAAGAAAUUGUGUUCUGCAGCGUUGACAAGAGACAAGAUUUUAUAAAGUUAUAUUACGAGAAGAUUAUGAUUCCUAGUCGGAACUGGAUCGAUAUCCAGGAAAUUGUCAACGUCAAAGGUCUCAACGAGAGAGGAAAAUUAUUGAGGGAUGGAAUGGCUAGUCUUGCAACUAGCAUCUUGGACGAGUCGUACAGCGAGAUGAAGAGCAAAUUCCCUCGAGACAGGCACAAUUACUGGGAAGAGCAGCCGUUGUCUGAUCUAAACCUGGAGUAUGCAGCUAAAGAUGCUUACGUGAGCUACCAGCUCUACGUUAAGAUAUGGUUCUUCCUGCGUUACCUUGUGUUUUGCCCCGGUUGCAAGAAGGAAGACAAGCUGAGGGGACGUCUGUGUCGCAAAUGCAAUGCAGCGAGAGAUCGAAGCUGA